UCCCAGGCCAGACAGGUGGAGACAGCAUGCCACUGAAGUGAACAGAACUUCAGCCAAGUGCCAAGAAGAGGCGUGUGUGGGCCACAGGAGCGUGAAUUCCACCAGGCUCCCCACCCUAUAAGCAGGCGCCCCGCCCGCCGCUUCGACCUGGCGCAUGCGUGGUGCGCACGCGUCCCGUCGCGUCGGCGGAGAAGCUCUCGCGACACUUGCCGUGCAGGCUGAAAAAAUGGCGCCACCCAGUACCCGGGAGCCCAGGGUCCUGUCGGCUACCAGCGCGACCAAAUCCGACGGAGAGAUGGUGCUGCCAGGCUUCCUGGACGCCGACAGCUUUGUGAAGUUUGCUCUUGGGUCCGUGGUGGCAGUCACCAAGGCAUCUGGGGGCCUACCACAGUUUGGCGAUGAGUAUGAUUUUUACCGAAGUUUUCCUGGCUUCCAAGCAUUUUGCGAAACACAGGGAGACAGGUUGCUUCAGUGCAUGAGCAGAGUAAUGCAGUACCAUGGGUGUCGCAGCAACAUUAAGGAUCGAAGUAAAGUGACUGAGUUGGAAGACAAGUUUGAUUUACUAGUUGAUGCGAAUGAUGUAAUUCUGGAGAGAGUGGGUAUUUUACUGGAUGAAGCCUCAGGUGUAAACAAGAAUCAACAGCCUGUCCUCCCUGCCGGCUUGCAGGUCCCCAAAACAGUAGUGUCCAGCUGGAACCGUAAGGCAGCAGAAUAUGGCAAAAAAGCAAAAUCUGAAACUUUCCGGCUGCUUCAUGCAAAAAAUAUCAUCCGACCUCAGCUCAAGUUUCGAGAGAAGAUUGACAAUUCCAACACACCAUUUCUUCCUAAAAUCUUCAUCAAACCCAAUGCUCAGAAACCUCUCCCUCAAGCUCUCUCUAAGGAAAGGCGGGAACGCCCACAGGAUCGUCCUGAGGACUUAGACGUCCCCCCUGCACUGGCUGAUUUCAUCCAUCAGCAGAGAACCCAGCAGGUUGAGCAAGACAUGUUUGCACAUCCUUAUCAAUAUGAACUAAAUCACUUUACCCCACCAGAUUCAGUGCUUCAAAAGCCACAAUCCCAGUUAUACAGAUCUAUAGAAGAGACACCAUGUCAUUUGAUAUCCUCCCUGGAUGAACUCGUGGAACUCAACGAAAAGCUCUUGCAUUGUCAGGAAUUUGCAGUCGACUUGGAGCACCACUCUUACAGGAGCUUCCUGGGACUGACCUGCCUGAUGCAAAUUUCCACUCGGACAGAAGACUUCAUCAUUGACACCCUCGAGCUUCGAAGUGACAUGUACAUUCUCAAUGAGAGCCUCACAGACCCAGCCAUCGUUAAGGUCUUCCAUGGUGCUGAUUCAGACAUAGAAUGGCUACAGAAAGACUUUGGGUUGUAUGUAGUAAACAUGUUUGAUACUCAUCAGGCAGCACGCCUUCUUAACCUGGGCAGGCACUCACUUGAUCAUCUCCUGAAACUCUACUGCAACGUGGACUCAAACAAACAAUAUCAGCUGGCUGAUUGGAGAAUACGCCCUCUGCCUGAGGAGAUGCUCAGCUACGCCCGGGAUGACACCCAUUACCUGCUAUACAUCUAUGACAAAAUGAGGCUGGAGCUGUGGGAGCGCGGCAACGGGCAGCCCGUGCAGCUUCAGGUGGUGUGGCAACGGAGCAGGGACAUCUGCCUCAAGAAAUUCAUCAAACCUAUCUUCACGGAUGAGUCCUACCUUGAACUCUAUAGGAAGCAAAAGAAGCACCUUAACACACAGCAGUUGACAGCCUUUCAGCUGCUGUUUGCCUGGAGGGAUAAAACAGCUCGCAGGGAAGAUGAAAGUUACGGAUAUGUACUGCCAAACCACAUGAUGCUGAAAAUAGCUGAAGAACUGCCUAAGGAACCUCAGGGCAUCAUAGCUUGCUGCAACCCAGUACCACCCCUUGUGCGGCAGCAGAUCAACGAAAUGCACCUUUUAAUCCAGCAGGCUCGAGAGAUGCCCCUGCUCAAGUCUGAAGUUGCAGCCGGAGUGAGGAAGAGCGGACCGCUGCCCAGUGCCGAGAGAUUGGAGAAUGUUCUCUUUGGACCUCACGAUUGCUCCCAUGCCCCUCCGGAUGGCUAUCCAACCAUCCCAACCAAUGGAUCUAUGCCAAUUCAGAAGCAGGCGAGCCUCUUUCUUGAUGAAAAAGAAGAUAACUUGCUGGGUACCACAUGCCUGAUUGCCACAGCUGUCAUCACGUUAUUUAACGAACCUAGUGCUGAAGACAAUAAAAAGGGUCCAUUGACAGUUGCACAGAAAAAAGCCCAGAACAUCAUGGAGUCCUUUGAAAAUCCAUUUAGGAUGUUUCUGCCCUCACUAGGACACCGUGCUCCCGUCUCUCAGGCAGCGAAGUUCGAUCCAUCAACGAAAAUCUAUGAAAUCAGCAACCGUUGGAAGCUGGCCCAGGUACAAGUACAAAAAGACUCUAAAGAAACUGUCAAGAAGAAGGCAGCUGAGCAAACAGCUGCCCGGGAACAGGCAAAGGAGGCGUGCAAAGCUGCAGCAGAACAGGCCGUCUCCGUCCGACAGCAGGUCAUGCUAGAAAAUGCUGCAAAGAAGAGAGAGCGAGCAACAAGCGACCCAAGGACCACAGAACAGAAACAAGAGAAGAAACGACUCAAAAUUUCCAAGAAGCCAAAGGACCCAGAGCCACCAGAAAAAGAGUUUACACCUUACGACUACAGCCAGCCAGACUUCAAGGCUUUUGCUGGAAACAGCAAAUCCAAAGUUUCUUCUCAGUUUGAUCCAAAUAAACAGACCCCGUCUGGCAAGAAAUGCAUUGCAGCCAAAAAAAUUAAACAGUCGGUGGGAAACAAAAGCAUGUCCUUUCCAACUGGAAAGUCAGACAGAGGCUUCAGGUACAACUGGCCACAGAGAUAGUCCUGGAAGACACGUGGCGCCUGUGGACUGGAAGCACCAAAUGCUGGUGCUGCUUUUGUACAUACAUAUUUUUAAACCAUUAAAAAAAACUCUUCCUGAAGAAA